UGAAUUUUUCUCCCCCACCCCAAAAAAACCCUAGAAACUAAAGAGGGCCACGAAGAUAAAUCAGAAUCUAAAAUCGAAGGGUGAGAGGAAUGAAAUAUUUCGCGGGAAGCUUUCCAAAGAUACAACCCGUCAAGUUCCGAAUCCCAACUUCUGAAGCUUUAAUUCCAAUUCGUUUGGAUAUUGAGAUCGAUGGGAAUCGAUUCAAAGAUUCAUUUACAUGGAAUCCAACCGAACCGGAUUCUGAAGUGGUGCUGUUCGCGAAGAGGACUGUGAAGGACCUGAAGCUUCCUCCAGCAUUCAUUACACAGAUUUCUCAGUCUAUACAAUCACAGCUCAACGAGUUCCGAUCCUUGGAGGGUCAGGAAAUGUUUACUAGUGAGAAGAUAGUGACUCUCAAGCUUGAUCUUCGUGUAAAUAAUACCAUCAUAAGGGACCAGUUUUUAUGGGACUUGAACAACUUCGAGAGUGAUCCAGAAGAAUUUGCAAGAACCUUCUGCAAAGAUUUGGAUAUUAAAGACCCUGAAGUUGGGCCAGCAGUUGCAGUUGCAAUUCGUGAACAGCUUUACGAGAUUGCAACCCAAAGUGUAACUUCUGCUAGGGAAACCAGAGUAAGCAAGAAAGGUCGUCGAGGUGAAUAUGUCUCUGCCAGCAAAGUUGGUGGAGCUGCCGUGGACUUGAUGAAAUUAUUUGGUGGAAAAUCUAGUGUUCUUAGGAAAAGGAAGGAGUGGGACUUAUAUGAACCCAUUGUUGAUCUCCUAUCAAAGGAAGAAGUAGAAGCUCUUGAUGCAAGAGAAGAACGUCAUGCUCGGAUGAAGAAAAGGUUCAGUGACAUGGACGAUGUAUAUUUGACGAAUUACUCAAGUGGCUAAUGUGACCAAGCCUGCCUGUUUCACACCUGUCACCUGCUACUACCUUGCAGAUGCAGAAGUUGUAAAACUAUCCUGUUUCUUAUACACCUAGUAUUAGUAUGAAUGAUUCACCUCGUAAAAUCUGAUGUUGGAAUGAGCUCAUUUUUUUGUUUGUUUGUGUGUUGUGUGUAUUCUUUGCGUCUCAGGUUAUGCCCUUUUAUUAUCCUGGAAGUACUAGAACCUCUUUUACUUUCGUUGAUUACGAGAAUAUUAUAAACGUCAGAUUCAUGGUUACCGCAUAGAUUAUUAUGGUGUAGGAUAAUGUCAAAGAAGCGUAGGGAUAAUGCUCUAGACGAGGAAUCUCAGAUCCUGGAAGAAAUAUGUUGUGGGACAACAGAUAGAAUUGUCCAAUAGUCCUCAGUCGUUCUUGAUGUAUUUAAGUGUGUGAAAUGUCACCGGGUCAUUCAAAUGUC